GAGGGCGCCGCGGUGCUUUGUGGGAGACAGGCGGUGCUCUGGCUUCUCCGCCUCUUUCUGGUCUUGGGUGCGGAAAGAGAGAGAGAGGGGGAAGGAAGGAAGGGGAGAGGAGGAGAAGGGGACCGAGUACCGAGCGGGCAGGGCAUGAAGAUGGCGGACGCCAAGCAGAAGCGGAACGAGCAGCUGAAGCGCUGGAUCGGCUCCGAGACCGACCAGGAGCCGCCCGUGGUCAAGCGCAAGAAGACCAAGGUGAAGUUCGACGACGGCGCCGUCUUCCUGGCCGCCUGCUCCAGCGGAGACACCGAGGAGGUGCUGCGGCUCCUGGAGCGCGGCGCCGACAUCAACUACGCCAAUGUGGACGGGCUCACCGCCCUGCACCAGGCUUGCAUAGAUGAUAACAUAGAUAUGGUGAAAUUUCUGGUGGAAAAUGGAGCCAGUAUUAAUCAACCUGAUAAUGAAGGCUGGAUACCUCUACAUGCGGCUUCUUCCUGUGGAUAUCUUGAUAUAGCAGAAUAUUUAAUUAGUCAAGGAGCACAUGUAGGAGCUGUAAAUAGUGAAGGAGAUACGCCAUUAGAUAUUGCUGAAGAAGAGGCAAUGGAAGAACUGCUUCAAAAUGAAGUGAAUCGACAAGGGGUUGAUAUAGAGGCAGCUCGGAAAGAAGAAGAAAGAAUAAUGCUUAGAGAUGCAAGACAGUGGCUUAACAGUGGACAUAUAAAUGAUGUUCGACAUGCAAAAUCUGGUGGUACUGCACUCCAUGUAGCUGCUGCCAAAGGAUAUACAGAAGUCUUAAAACUUUUAAUACAGGCUGGCUAUGAUGUUAAUAUUAAAGAUUAUGAUGGCUGGACCCCACUUCAUGCAGCAGCUCAUUGGGGUAAAGAAGAAGCCUGUCGAAUAUUAGUGGAAAAUCUAUGUGAUAUGGAGACAGUCAACAAAGUGGGUCAAACUGCAUUUGAUGUAGCUGAUGAAGACAUUUUAGGAUAUUUAGAAGAACUACAAAAGAAGCAAAAUAUGCUUCAUAGUGAAAAAAAAGAAAAGAAAUCUCCCCUGAUCGAAUCAACAGCCAACAUGGAUAAUAAUCAGUCUCAAAAACCAUUUAAAAACAAGGAGACUUUGAUCAUUGAGCAGGAAAAGAAUGCAUCAAACAUUGAGUGUCUGGAAGAAGAAAAAGCUGAUGAAGAAGAGGAAGGAAAGAAAGAUGAAUCCAGCUGCUCUAGUGAAGAAGACGAUGAGGAGGACUCAGAAUCUGAAGCAGAAACAGAAAAAAAUAAACCUACAACAAAUAAUACCAAUAUCACCAAUGUGCAAGCUGCUCCUAUAGCUGUGACAACGCCAUCUGUUCCUACUGGUCAAGUAACACCUACAUCUCCUAUUAAAAAGUUCCCAAGUUCAACUAAGGUUUCUCCCAAAGAAGAAGAGAGAAAGGAUGAGUCUCCUGCUUCAUGGAGAUUAGGUCUUCGAAAGACUGGCAGUUAUGGGGCACUGGCAGAGAUUACAGCUAGCAAAGAAACUCAGAAAGAGAAGGAUUCAACAGGAGUUAUGCGUUCAGCUUCAAGCCCUAGAUUGUCCUCUUCAUUAGACAACAAAGAAAAGGAGAAAGAUACAAAAUCAACUAGACUCGCUUAUGUUGCACCUACCAUACCAAGACGGCUGGCCAGUACAUCUGACAUAGAGGAGAAAGAGAACAGGGAUACAUCAGCUAGUUUAAUACGUGGUAGUGGUUCUUAUACCAGACGAAAAUGGGAAGAAGAUACAAAGAAAAAUAUAUCAAAUGAAGGAUCUUCACCACUAAAUACAAGCUAUCAGAGAAGUGGUUCCUUCGGUAGAAGACAAGAUGAUCUGAUUAGUUCUAGUAUUCCAAGUGUUACAUCCGUAACAACAGUUACCUCUCCAGCUGGUCUUCAAAAAAGCCUGCUUUCUAGUGCAAGCUCUGCUACAAAGGUUGCAACGGGUUCAUCAACAGCAGGCAUACCAAGCAGUACCUCAAAUCGUUUAUGGGCUGAGGAUAGUACUGAGAGAGACAAAGACAAUGUUCCCACAGCAGUGACUGUUCCUGUUGCGCCAUCAGUUGUAAAUACCGCAACCACUACCACAACCUUGACUACAACUACUUCUGGCACUGUGUCCUCAACUUCAGAGGUCAGGGAGAGACGCAGGUCAUACCUCACCCCAGUUCGGGAUGAAGAAUCUGAAUCCCAAAGAAAAGCCAGAUCAAGGCAAGCAAGGCAGUCUAGAAGAUCAACACAGGGUGUAACACUGACUGACCUCCAAGAAGCUGAAAAAACUAUUGGUAGAAGUCGGCCAACACGAACUAGAGAACAGGAGAAUGAAGAAAAAGAGAAAGAGGAAAAGGAAAAACAAGAUAAGGAAAAACAGGAAGAAAAGAAGGAAUCAGAAAGUAAAGAUGAAGAUUAUAGGCAAAGAUAUGCACGAACCAUAGAUGAGCCAUAUCAUCGUUAUAGAACUACAUCUUCAACUACUUCUACAGCUUCUUCAAUUCCCACGUCUUCUAGUUCUUCAGGCCAGUUAAACAGACCAAAUAGCAUUAUAGGUAUAACCUCUGCGUAUUCCAGAAGUGGAGCAAAGGAAACUGAGAGAGAAUCAGGAAAGAAAGAAGAAGAAAAGGAAGAAGAUAAAUCCCAGUCAAAAUCAAUAAGAGAAAGACGACGGCCAAGAGAAAAACGAAGAUCUACUGGAGUGUCUUUUUGGACUCAAGAUAGUGAUGAAAAUGAACAGGAUCAUCAGUCUGAUUCAGAAGAAGGAACAAAUAAAAAAGAAAUACAGAGUGAUAGCCUUUCAAGAUAUGAGACGGGAUCCUCAGGAGAUCGUUAUGAUUCAAUACUAGGACGGACUGGUUACAGUUACUUGGAAGACCGUAAAUCAUAUUCCAGUAAAUCAGAAAAAGAAGAUACAGCAGAUUUUAAAAAGCUUUAUGAACAGAUUGUAGCUGAAAAUGAGAAAUUGAAAGCACAGUUGCAUGAUACCAACAUGGAAUUGACGGAUCUUAAGCUGCAGUUAGAAAAGGCAACUCAGCGGCAGGAAAGAUUUACUGAUAGGUCUCUGCUAGAAAUGGAAAAAAGGGAACGAAGAGCUCUAGAAAGGCGAAUAUCUGAAAUGGAAGAGGAACUCAAAAUGCUGCCAGACCUGAAGGCAGACAACCAGAGGUUAAAAGAUGAAAAUGGGGCCUUGAUCAGAGUUAUCAGCAAGCUUUCCAAAUAAAAUUGUUUACUCCAGCUGCAAGUCAUCAGAUUGCACAUAAUUAGUAACUCCAGUGGACCACAGCAUGGAAGUCACUGGAAGCCUGGGAAGAUUUCUUGGAGACUGUCAUUUUCAGAUAUUCUGCCAAAUGCCCUUACCUGGGUGUGUGUGUUUUUUAAACAAAGAUCAUUGUUUCAUGUGUAAAAGCAGCUGCUGAGAAGACAUAAUGACUGAGAAAUCUUGUUUACAGCUACUGCAUAUAAGGAAAGUGUUUAAGGCCAGAUAAGCCUCAGAUAUUUAACCAGUAAGCCUUAGUUGUACAUAAACACAUGCAUCGAAAAAAGCUUUCUGCUCUCACAGACAAUUACUUUAUUUUGUUGUUGUGUCACAGUUCCUGGGUUUUUUUCUUAUCCUGCCAAUUUUUUUCCAGUUUGAAUUUGUGUGUGUGACCUUCUAAUUAUUCUUGUACCAGAAUUUUUCCUUGUACAGUAUUUUCACAGCUUUACAUUUACAGAGAUGUUCACACCCUUUAAAAAUACAAGUAGAAAACUAAGCUUAUAUUUUCCAGCCCACCACCCCAAAACAGAAAGAUUUUGUGAGACCUUUGCUUUCACUGUUGUGCAAUAUGCAUUAAUUUCCUAUAAAAGAUGCUUUAAAAGUCAGUUGAAAGUAGAUUAAUUAUAUAAAAACUUCUCUCUUUUGCCUUUGUUGGUCACUUUUUAAAAAGAAAAGAACAAGGGUUGUAGUGCAAGAUGUUAGAUCCUGUAACCUUCACCUUCAUUUUAGCCGGUACUGAGUGAAACUGUAUAUAUUCGUGUAUAUUUGUUUGGAUUUUUUUUUCAGCCCCACGUGACAUGCUUGAAUAUAUUUCCCUAUGGCAAAUGUGUGUUAAAGCAAAUUAGGCUGCUCCGAAAUAAAUGUUUAAUAAAAUCCAUUACUUUUUAAUGGUUUAAAUUAAAAAUUGUAUGGAGCCACAGAAUGUCUACGAACUAUUUUUUAAAACAGCCCUUAGCCAUUCCCUCCCAUUUUUCAUUUGAGUAGUAUUCAGUCAUACUAAAAAAUCAAGUAUAACUUCACUGCAUUUCACAUAUCUAUAUUUGAGUGCUGUCCAAAACUGUUGUGCUAGCCAAAGUAAUCUUUAAGUCAUUUGAAAGCCCUAACCUGUUUUUCAUAUUUGUGUAUUGCUAUUGCCAUGUGAAGAGGCAUCUACACCGAUACCACCAUCCCAUCUGACCAUUUUAUACAUUUCAGUGGCCUUUUAAAAAGUACUCCAGUGAAGAUAGCUUUUGUUAGAAAACAAAAACAAAUGGCUUUUCUAUUUUCACUAAAACCUCCUAAAUAUAACCAUCUUACUGGCCUACAGAAGAUUGCCUAUAAAAACCACUGGACAGUUCAGCCAUUAAAACAAAUUGUAUAUUGUAAAGCUUGUAGUAGCUAUUGUAUUAUUGAUUAUAUUGUAUACUAUAUUAAAUGUGAAUUUGUACCCCUUCAUUUUAAAAAGGUCAUUGUGUUCUACUGCCUAAUUCUUGGGGAAUGGGACUUGCUUCAUUUUGGGGAGGGAAAUGGAGAAAGACUCGCUGGGGGAAGAUGUUCACACGUUUCCCUUUGAGGGGGGAGGUUUUUUGAAGAUGUAAGGUUUUGCUCUUACUACCAAGCUCAGGAUUCUUGAUUCUAAAGGUACAAGGAUAGUUCUGGGAUCUCUUGUUGCAGUAGGUCUGUAUGAGUCAAAAGAUUUAAUUAAGAUGGACAGCUUUCAUGCGCUUAAGCUACUACAGAAACCAAGCAGAGAAUUGAUCCAUCUGAAUGGCUGCAACACACUGCGUCGUGUUGUAAGAUGGUUAGGCAUACUGUGGAUUAUAUUUGGUAAAAGUUUUGGAUGCCUGUGAAUGAUUAAAUGUGUAUCUAAUAUUUUAGUGUUUUAUAUAUAGGUUAUUUAUUCUUUAAAACUGGCUACUGUGUUGCGUUGAUUUCAUUGGUAGUAUUGAGCAGACCUUGCAUCUGCAUGAAACUACUUGCAAAACCCACUAUUUUGCAAAAAAUGUAUUUUGACAUAUACAAAUAAAAUGAAUAAAACUA